GGGAGAACUUGUGUGUCAUGUACUGGAGUUCAAAACAUAAAUGACUGUACGCACUUGGAGACUUGCAACAGCAAUGAGGUGUGUUUCAUUCACAAGUAUGCUACUGAAUCCGGAGUUGAACAAUAUGAUUUUGGAUGUACAUUGCCGGAGCUUUGUGUCAAUAAAAGACCCGAUGUGAUAUUUGGCAAGAGAUUAGCAGAAGGCCAUCAUAUGCUUUGUAAAGGUUGUUGCAAUAAGUCAAAUGUUUGUAAUUUGAAUGCAGCAUGUGACGAUGCUGUCAAACAGAACACAUCUGGAAAUGGUCGCCCUAGAGAAUGCGAUGACUUAAACAGUGCAAACACGGGCGUUUAUAAGAUAUACCCUGACGAAUAUCAUGCAGUGAAGGCAUAUUGUAUAAUGGCUAACAAUGAAAAGUGGACGGUCAUACAAAAACGAUUUAAUGGUUUUGUUGAUUUUUAUCAAGAGUGGAAUGCUUACAAAAGGGGAUUUGGUGUGGCUACAGGAGAAUAUUGGAUAGGAAAUGAUUACAUUCAUCGAAUAUCUACAUCUACCGGUCAUAAACUAUCAAUUUAUUUAGAGGAUUUCGAUGGCACCUUUAAAUAUGCAAAUUAUUCUCUGUUUCUUAUUGGUGACGAGAAAGAAAAAUAUAAACUGACGAUAUCUGGAUAUUCUGGAGAUGCAGGUGAUAGUUUGAUUACUCAGACCGGAAUGACAUUUAGCACAAAGGACAGGGAUAACGAUCCGUCUUCAGCACUAAAUUGUGCAGCAUAUACUCAGGGUGCAUGGUGGUAUAAAAAUUGUACCAGUUCAAAUCUGAACGGACCAUACCUUGCUGGCGUCGGAACAUAUGAACGAUCUAUGUUUUGGAAAGAUUGGAAAUCUUUUAAUUCUAUAAAAAGAAGUACAAUGAUGAUAACGCGUACUUAGAUAUUAAAUUAUUCUACUGUU